UUAUUAUAAAUUCUAUCGAAUUAUCCUCCAUCCUUUUUCUCUUUUAUUUUCUAUUACUUCUUUUCUUUUGGAAAUAUGUCAGAAUAUACAAACGUAGUUGUUGUCCCUCUCCCACUGGAAGAAAUCCACAGAUCGCAUGCUAUUCGACAAGAUGUCUUUGUCAAGGAACAAGGAUACUCUCUUGAACUCGAAUUAGACGAAAAUGACCCUGUCUGCUUACAUUGGCUAGCAACAUGUGAAAAAGACGGCGUACCUAUGGAUGUAGGUACGAUUCGAUUAUGGCCCAAACCCGAUGGAUUAGCCAAACUCGGUCGUUUCUGUGUGCUCUCUUCUGCGCGUGGUCUUCAUAUCGGUCAAUUGCUUGUGGAAACAUUCAUUGCGCAUUGUAAACAAAAUGGGUUCCAUACCAUUGUCUUGCACGGUCAAUACCCACGACGUGGGUUCUAUCAAAAAAUGGGGUUUGUGUUGGAAGAGGGAGAUGAUGCGAUCUUUUUAGAAGGUGGCGAACCUCAUGUGCGCAUGUGGAUGCGUAAUUUAUAGAUACAUAAACUUUUUUUUGUAUAUAUAUAUAUAUAUAUAUGUCAAUUAGGUCUCUUUUUCUCUUUAAAUAAACUGGUUACUUGGUCAUAGAUCACAUUGUCC